ACGACCGAGCGCUUCCGAGGCCUGAACAAGGACAGCCGAGCGUUUCCGAGGGCCGCCGAGCGCUGACGAACCGGGCCGAGGGCUGACUAGGGUAGAGCGUAGUCCGCCCGCGCCAUGGGUCCGGUGGUGGAGCGGCCGGCCGAGCUGGGCACUAGCAGCAGCGCGGCGGAGCUGGAGCUGCUGAAGCAGCGCGCGGCGGAGCGCAUCGACGAGGCGGCCGAGCGCCUGGGCGCGCUGAGCCGCGCCAUCUGGAGCGCGCCCGAGCUGGCCUACGAGGAGCACGGCGCGCACCGGGAGCUCACACGCUUCUUGGAGCGCGAGCCUCCGGCCGCCUCCUGGGCCGUGCAGCCGCACUUCGGGCUCCCCACCGCCUUCCGUGCCGAGUGGGCGCCGCCAGGGGCGGCCGCGGGGCCCGGCGCGCUGCAGCUGGGCUUCCUGUGCGAGUACGACGCGCUGCCCGCCCUGGGCCACGCCUGCGGCCACAACCUCAUAGCCGAGGUCGGGGUGGCGGCGGCGCUGGGCCUGCGGGCGGCGCUGGAGGGCGGCGCUGCGCCGCCGGCGGUCAAGGUCAUUGUCCUGGGAACCCCUGCAGAAGAAGACGGCGGUGGGAAGAUCGACUUAAUCAAAGCAGGUGCCUUUAAAGACCUUGAUGCUGUUUUCAUGGCUCAUCCGUCUCAAGAGGAUGCCGCCUAUCUGCUGGAUGUGGCCGAGCGGGAUGUUACUGUGAAAUACUAUGGAAAGGCGUCUCAUGCCGCUGCUUACCCUUGGGAGGGAGUGAAUGCCUUAGAUGCUGCAGUUCUUGCCUAUAACAAUCUCUCUGCAUUAAGACAACAGAUGAAACCAACCUGGAGACUUCAUGGUAUAAUAAAAAACGGUGGUGUAAAACCCAAUAUCAUCCCCUCUUACUCUGAAUUAAUCUAUUACUUCCGUGCACCCUCAAUGAAAGAGCUUCAAGUUUUGACCAAAAAGGCAGAAGAUUCCUUCAGAGCUGCAGCUUUGGCUACUGGCUGCACAGUAGAAAUUAAAAGUGAAGCACACGAUUAUUACAAUGUUCUUCCCAAUAAGACACUGUGCAGUGCGUAUAUGGAGAAUGGGAGGAAGCUGGGAAUAGAGUUCAUCUCAGAAGAUGCAAUGUUGAAUGGGCCUUCAGGCUCUACUGAUUUUGGAAAUGUCAGUUUUGUGGUUCCUGGGAUCCACCCGUAUUUUUACAUUGGGACUGACGCCUUGAAUCACACAGAACAGUACACGGAGGCCGCAGGAUCCCAGGAAGCUCAGUUGUACACUUUGCGCACAGCCAAAGCUCUGGCAAUGACUGCGCUGGACGUCAUCUUUAAGCCCGAGUUGCUGGAAAGAGUCAGAGAGGAGUUUAAAUCGAAGCUUCAAGAAGAACAGCUUUUAAAUACACCCGCAUAGAAGGAGGACUUAGGGACUGCUCAGGAAGCGUUGAGUCUGCUUGUUUGUUUUUGACCUCUAACAUUUUUUCAAUGCAAGAGAGCAUGCUUGAUUUCCACUCUUGGUAGGUGAGGGCAGGAUAUAGCGAAGACACUAAUGGAGUUUGUGAUAUUUCAGGCAUUGGUAUGUGAUGCCAUUUCUUAAGCUAGAUGAUAUGUGAUUCUGUACCAUGGUAAGGUAAUGUUUUGUGAAUGUAUCUUUCGUAUGGAUUUAUGUGAUUCUGUACCAUGGUAAGGUAAUGUUUUGUGAAUGUAUCUUUUGUGUGGUUUUAUAAGUCCCACAGGUUUCAAAACUUAACACUCAUG